AUGCAGAAGAUCUCACAAACAGAUGAAAUCAUUGAUACCCAAGCUCUUAGAAAAGGAAAGAGAAAAAGGACAGAGACCACAGACUCAGAAAACGCCAACUGUGACAUGGAUAAAGGACAGAGAGACCCGUACUCAGGAAACGCCUUUCUGCCCGGAGAGAGCUCCAGUGAGGACGAAGCGCCUUUGUCAGAACUGUCCAAGGAGGAGUUGUGUGCCAAGAUAAAGAGCCUGAAAGAAAAACUGACAAACACCCGGAAAGAAAACAGCCGGCUUCGACAGUCUUUGGUCAUGCUACAAGUGCUGCCGCAGGCGGUUGCCCAGUUUGAGGAAUUGGUCGGUAUGGCUGAGACCCUGCUGAAGAGUGGAGGCACCAUGUCCACAUCUGCGUCCACCCUCUGGAGAGCCACAAACAACUCCUCCCCAGACUCCUUUGCCUCCACGUGCAGCAACUCCAACUCCAGCUCACCCAUCUCCUUGAAGGCCGGGGAGGAGCUCCCUGGGGAUGAGAAGCAGUUCAAGAUCGAAAAAUGGCAGAUAGCCCGUUGCAAUAAGAGCAAGCCUCAGAAGUUUAUCAAUGACUUAAUGCAAGUUCUGUACUCCAGUGAGUACAUGGCCACACACAGCCUGACCGGCGCCAAGUCCUCCACGUCAAGGGACAAAGCGGUAAAACCAGCUAUGAAUCAGAAUGAAGUUCAAGAAAUCAUAGGAGUGACAAAGCAGCUUUUUCCCAGCGCAGACGACGUUUCUAUCCGGAGAAUGAUAGGGCAAAAGCUCAACAACUGCACCAAGAAGCCAAAUCUGAGCAAAAGCCUCAGCGCUCAGGAUGUUAAGUAG